AUGCCGCCAACACCAAGAGCUCGGUCACCGCACACACGGGGUCCUGAUCUUCCACCUUCCCCGACUACUGGGACCGUGCUGUCUGGGAUCUGGAAGCUCAGAAGCUCGCACCACCCAACACCGCCAAACACAGCUUUUGUCUCUCCUUUGCUGUAUGCGCUCCCCUACCGCGCCCACAAUACAGAUCGUCCAGGCCAUCGUCCGGCAGAAUCAGUAAUCUCUAUGCACGUGUUUGGUCUGCGGAUCACCCCGCUCCACCUCCAACAGGAGGCCUGGUCGCACCACAUUUCCUUCGCGAGGCCCCCUUCGUCGAUGUCUAUAGACCUCUCCAGAUCGUUGUUCCUAGCCCCUGCUUUCGCCGAUAAACUACCCGACUACUCCCCCCCGCUGUCUCGCCCAGCAUAUCUCACGCCGGCUGCGCACGGAUGCUCCGCCUUUACAUCGUUCUCGUCUCGGGUCCUCCCGCACCGGUGUCGACUAUGUCUCGCCUACAAGUCUAUUAUGUCAGCCUAUAAACUAUCUUCGACCCUCAAUGAUCCCUCAAUUGCCUGUGCAUCUGACAACAAUCCAAGUUCUUUCAUUUGA